CUGAAGGAUAAUAACAGCAAGCACAUCCUGCAUGUUGGGGAUAUUAAGAGGUUUCACCGAGCUUCCUUUUCAUCGGUGCAGAACUCGCAAUGCUCGCCCGUGGCCAAACACACUCCGCCAGCUCUAUUGAGGGUGACCCUAGAAGACACCCCCCUUCCAUCAGGCCAACCCCGGGAUCUUCCGCAAAAAGCGCAACCGUUUCCCGCACCACAAAGCCCCUACCCGGCCCAACAUUCGCGAAAGCCAACAGCACGGCGCCAUCGUCGAGGACAGCCCCGUCAUCCGCCGCGAAAGAGAUAUGCAGAUCGAAGCCGUCUUCGAGGCUGAAUCCGGCAGUGGUUAAGCCGUUGGGGAAUAAGAAGCAUGAGACGGUGUUCAGUGCGAUGUAUGCUCGCGGAGAGAUUCCGUGCCGAUUGAAUCAUGGAUCCGUCAAGCACAAGCUGACCUGGACAUCCUACUCUCCGCCGUCAGCCCUUCAACAUCUCCUCCCAUCCUUCUUCGCCGGCCUCCUCGAAAAACAACAUCCGUACACCCUGCUGAGUCGCCUCGGCAUUCAACAAAUCCUCGCAUCAACCGGGCCCUCAUUACCAGCAACAUCGUCAUCGUUCAGCUCCACCCCAGCCUUCUCGCUAAACAAUUCCCUAUCCACCCUCUCAAUAUCCUCCCAGCCAUCCCAUUACGAUUCUUCACCUGCACCCGGCGCCCAUCACAGUACUCCAAGGAUAACACCCAAACUCCUCAACGAGAUCGCACCCCACCUCCGCGCCGCACUUUGCGCAAAAGACACAGCAACAGUGUCUGCCGCAUUAGACGCGUUCGAGGCGCUUAUCAACGUCGCGAAAGAGGACGUGUUCGAUAUCAGAAUCGAGGAGAAACCCAAACCUUCUACGUCGUUUGCUAGGAGUGGGGCUGGGUCGAGGACCGGGCGGGCUAGUGCGUCGAGGGAAGCAGAGCAUGACGGUGGUGAAGCCGGGGUCGCGAAAGGAAGCACGCUGUUGAAGGCGGUCAUCCCGCCGAUCGCUGCGAGGGUGCUGGAUGCGAGGAUUGGGGAGAAGUGUGCGGGGACGCUGCGGACGGUGGAGAUGUGUUGUGGGCCGAGAGCGUUGGCGGUGCUGAAGGCUUCUUGUCCGACGUAUAUUCCUGUUUUCAUCUGAGGAGGUUUCCGCGAGGAAAUUUACACAUGUAGCAGAGAGCCCGUUGGAAAGCGAUAGAUUGACAGACUGGCGACAGGCAUUGUCAAUCUAUUCAGUUCUGGAGCGAUGAACAGAUAUUAGUUACCGCUCUGGGGACGAACAAAUGGAGAACUAAAAUUGGAACCAUAUUUCCUUCGCUCGUAGACCAGAUCCUUUGACGAGUUUCCAAAAGCUGCGAUCAAGUCCGCAGAGGCAUUUCGGACAACGAAUAACGCUCAA